AUGGAGAAGAAGGAGCCUGAUUCUGAGGGUGGCCAGCUUCGCCGCCUUGAUUCACACCGCGUCCCUGGUAAAUGCACUGUGCAUUUGAGGUACAAGAAUUUCAAUUCAGUACUCCAGACAGUCCACGAGCAGUUCUCUGCUUUGGAUGCAGCAAGCUCUAUUGACACCGCUGAGUUUGAAUGGGGUUCUAUUGGAGGUGACAUUCACAAUGCAGGGCGCUAUUGUGUGGUAGGCCGCAAGCGUUCUGAAGCAGAGCGUGGGGAGAUUACAAGCGUCACAGAGGACAAGUCUGGUGCAACAUGGGUGGAGCUCAACGUGCAGCUGCUUCAAGUGACAGUUCGAGGUCGAUAUGUGACCCCACUGGAGGAGGAGACCUCUGGGCACUCGGACUUCAGGGACAUUCUUCGUCUCCGUGGCCGGGAAGCAAAAACGGUGCAAUGUGCAGCGCUCCUUUCAACUGAUCUUGUGAAGGUGAGGGAGCUGCUGUCCUUUCCAUUCAGGACACUUCAUUGGAUGGAGCGUCCAAGCAAUGCACUUCCUGUGCUGACAGAUGCAGACCGUAUCUAUGACGUCGAGGAUUUAGAUGCAUCAGAGGGCUUCAUCGCCGAACUCUUUGAGCCAGUGCGACGGCAAUUCUUUGCCCAACCAGUUGUGCCUCAGGACAUUCUCUUUUUCCUCCAGGAAGAAAUUCCAGAAGGAGCAGCUGUGGCUAUGCUGACAGGGGUGCAUCCCAGGAUUCGUGGACGCGUGUGGAAAGAGGUUUUGGUAUUCCGGGAGCUCCGUGUUGUUCACAUCUAUGGCAUCCUGAACUAUGGUGGACAGUGCUACCGGCGACUGGAGUACACGACGAACUGCAAGUACGCAUUGUCAGGCCUGCAGCCGGCUUUCCAGAAUCGACCAUCACCGUGGCCAGAAUGGGGACGUCAUCAGGCUGGCAAACCAGAGACUGAGCCCAAGAAUUUCCCUCCGAGUGUCGUACUUUCACGAACCCUGGUGCGUCGCACACCAAGCAAAGGAACUGGGGAAGAUGGGCGGGAACCACUGGACGAUACAGAGCAAUGGUCUGAUGGGGAUGUCAGCGAGGAGGAGGAUGAUGAAGGUGAACGAACAGUGUGGGAACGAGCACAACGCGAAGGGGAGCAGUAUUUGCCCCAGCGAGUUCUGGAGGGACUUCUUCCUGAAGCACUUCUGAAGACAUAUCGCUUUUACCAGACCAACUCGUGGCCCCAUCGUGUGAUCCAUGGGUACAAGUUGAACGAGCAGAAGGAAGAGGAGGAGGAAUCUGGAACCCCGCAGCACUUUGUGGAGGUCCGGCUGAUCAAAUGUGCUGAAGUCAUUCCUACCAGGAGUCGGGGUUGGCAAGCGACGGUUGCCUUACAUUGCCCUGGUCGACCAACUUACUAUCUACUGAACUUGCUCUAUGCUUCAGAGGGUACGCCUUUGCAUUCUCUGGCUCGCACGCUAACUCGGUUCGAGGACUUGUCCCACAUCCUUGCUUGGACAAGCGUUGAUCCGCAGUCCUCCAAGACAAAGCCGUCCAUCGACCUUGUUGAGCUUCCGCGGCUGGCGGUGAAUUUCAAGUCUAUUCACAAAGGCCUAAAGCAUUUCCUGCAAAGCUGCAUUUGGAUUCAGAAGGUGGGCGGUAGGCUUCGUAUUUGUUCUGAUGAGCGAAAGCGGCGAGAGUUGAUCCGUGCGGAGGUGAAGGUCGGGCUUUGGUAA